AUGUCUCGUCGAUCCAAAAAUCCCACUCCAGUCGGCCACUUUUCACGCACACUUGCCGAGUGCAUCUUGUGGGGUCAGGGCGGUGGAUCCCUGCGCUGGGCCGCUGCGCUUCGCCAAAAGACAGCUUGGAUCGACAGAGCGGCGCCCCGCUUUCUUCCAGGCGCACCGCACAGCUGCGCACUCGCCAACUCGCAACUUGCAACCCACCGUCGAAGCAUGGCGCUCAACUGGGUGACGCUCGGCCAGGACGGCCGCUCGCCGCUGCCGCUUCCGGACGAGACGGUGCUGUGUCGUGUGCCCAAAUCAUCCAUACAGCUCGAAUAUGCAUCGCGCGGCAUCACGUACAAGGCCGAAGGAAGUGCCUUGAUCUCGUCGCAUCGCUUCGUCUUUGUCCGUGAUUCGCGGGGCGCCGCUUCCGAAUCCGAGCUCAAGUCGCUCUCGGUACCCAUCGACCAUCUGGCAGCAUCAAAGUAUACCAUCCCCAUCUUCAGCGCGCCGUACCUGCAGGCCGAUGUGUACUCGGUCGCCCAGGGCGGACUGCCCGAGCGUCGACCGGGUGAAGAAGCUCAUCCGGUCGGCAAGCUCAAGCUUUGGUUCGUCGAGGCCGGCGGCGUCGCUUUCCGAGACGCCAUCGAAAAGGCACGUCACAUGUGGCAGCAAAACAGACAGCAACAGCUCGACCAGGAUGCUCUUCCUGCCUACGAGCCACCGGCAAGCUGA